AUGUCUACCUCUACUCCAAAAGCGCGUGGCCAUCGGUCGCCGUUUACGCCAGGCGGAGACACAACAUUAACAAGACUUCAACGUCUCCCUAGCCAUACGCGCUACCCCCUGACACCCAGUCGACUUGUGACCGCAACCACCCCGGGCACCCAGCGCUCAGUCUCUCGAUACACACCCCGUGCCAGAGCCGGAGGGGCACCAUCGACGCCGCAUGGCCUCCGGGCUCGACAACAACGUGCUGCGAACACCCCUGGUCGGGAUCGCCGCCGUAGUGGCCGAAUGCAGCGGGAAACGACGUUCGAUAUCCUCAAGAACUUGGGAAGGGCGCUCGCCCCUGUAUCUCAGCCCAUCCAGUCCUCGCCCCAGGAGCAGCAAGAGCCCAUUGAAGAACCCAUUGACGAAUUUGAAGAGCUUGACAACGAACCAGUAAUUGAGCCUCCGCGGUUAUCUCUACCCAUCCAAGAAUCGUCGGAAGAAGGCGACGAUGCGAGUCCUGAAAUGCGCCCACCAAGGAUGUCUCUCGCCUUUGGGGAGGAGGACAUGGAUAUCACCUAUCAGUCUGUCGAAUACCCCCGCCGAGAAACAAGCAUCAGAGACCGCGAGCGUUUAUCAAUGAUGAGCCGUGCUACCGGCAGAAUCAGUGGGGAUUUUGAGGAGACACGACUGGAAAGUGACGACGCAGAAGAAACGGGCAUUAUUGGUGAAGACGAGGAUGGUACUAUGUUCAGCGGUGGCGAUUUUGAUAGAGGGGGUGAGACGGAAGACCUCGGGCGAUUCCACUUUGACCUUAACUUUCCAUCACCUGCUGCCGCUCCGCUUGAUGAUCCCAUCGAUGGGGAUACGGAAGAUUUCGCGCUCUCUACUGCGGAUGUCCAACCGCUUCCAGUUGCAUCAGAUGACGAUGACGCUGGUGGUGACUUCGGGUUCGGGCUGGACUUCCCACCUGCGGUAUCCCCUAGUGAAAGCCCUGGAAUUGUCGGGGGUGGUUUGCAACAUGAUGAUGUUCCAGUUCAGAGCAAGCAAAAGAAGAUCUCACGUCACGGAAUCCCGAUUCCAAACUUGCCUGCAGGCGUGGUAAAAAAGCUAGCCACUCGCUUCGCACGUUCAAAAGCUGGCUCAAAAGCAAAGAUCAACAAAGCCACGCUGGCUGCGAUCGAACAAGCAUCUUCGUGGUACUUUGAGCAAGCAAGCCAGGAUUUGGCUGCUUAUUCAAAGCAUGCAGGACGAAAGACCAUCGAUGAGAGCGAUGUCACAACAUUGUUGAGGAGACAACGCCAUAUCAACAAGUCGACGACGGUGUUUUCCCUCGCCCAAAAAUACCUGCCCAAGGAGCUCCAGCAGGACAUGAGACUGGCCAUGCCACCAUGA